AUGAGCGGACUGAAGUCUCCUGUGCUGCUGGGGCUGGUGCUCUUAAUGCUGUCAGCAGGUUAUUGCAAAGAGAGAACUGACUCCAUAGACCUAAAAGACAGGCAAAGCCUCUUCAAUCUCAUCGUGGAGAUUAUUCAGGAACUGAAAAGGCACCACAUGGAAGAGGACAACGGGGUGCAAUACUUCUCCAACCACGAUUAUACUUUAGACCGAAGAGAAGUAGCUGAUUAUGGAGAGUACCAGGACGAGCAGAGAGCUGAAAUAGUUCCUAGAGAUUUGAGGAUGAAAGACAAGUUUUUAAAGCAUUUAACAGGUCCUCUCUAUUUUAGUCCAAAAUGCAGUAAACACUUUCAUCGGCUUUAUCACAAUACAAGAGACUGCACCAUCCCAGCUUACUAUAAAAGAUGUGCCAGGCUUCUUACUCGGUUGGCAGUAAGUCCAAUGUGCAUGGAAGGAUAA